AUGGACCCCAUAGAGAAGGCCAAUCCCAGCCCGGAGGCACCUCAUGCUCGACUCUCCGCUCGACAGCAGCUGGAAGAUCGCGCCCCAGAAACAACAGACUCCAGCCAGAUGCCACUUCGGGACUCCCAUCGCUUGCUCCUGGGGGCAGCUGCCCUCUUCUUGCUGGGGGGCUCCUUGGGCUCCUCAUCGCACUCUGUGAGGUUUCAUUAUGCGAUGUGGGAUUCUGCUGAAGAGCUACCCCAAUUCAUGGAUAAUGGGUACCUGGAUGACCAGAUCUUCAUACACUAUGAUAAGAAGAUAAGGCAGCCCAUGCCUUUAGUUCCAUGGAUGAAGAAGUUAGUGGAGGAUGAUCCUGAGUACUGGAACGUGCACACUCAGCGUUCUUCUGUCCUGGAGAAGAGACUGAGGCAAAAUGUGGCGAUGGUUCAGAAAUAUGGCAACCAGAGUGAGAAUUUUCUCACCUGGCAGGGAAUAUGUCUCUGUGAGCUGAGGGAGGACGGUCAGAAAGUGGGGAAUACCCGGUUGGGCUACAAUGGGAGAGACUUUAUGAGCUUCGACAAGGACACCCUCUCCUGGACUGUAACAGCCAAUGCUCCAGAGUUCAAGAGGAUGUGGGACACAUUUGAAGACAGUCCUCAGUAUCACAAGGAAUUCCUGGAAGGGGUAUGCAUUGAAUGGAUGAAGAAAUACCUAAAGUAUGCCAAGGAAUCUCUGCACAGGAGAGAGCCUCCAGUGGUGAAGGUGCUGCGAAAGAUGGACUCCAGUGGCCUGGAGACUCUCAUCUGCCGUGCCUACGGCUUCUACCCCAGGGAGAUCCAUGCAACCUGGAAAAAAGAUGGGGAAGUCUUGGAGCAGGAGCCCCUCCAUGGGGAUGUUGUCCCCAACUCAGAUGGGACCUACCACACCUGGACUGGCAUCAAUAUUGACCCCAAGCGCAGGGCCCACUACCAGUGCCAGGUGGAACAUGUUGGUUUUCCAGAGCCUCACCUCUUCGCCUGGAAGGAACCUGCUUCAGUGGGCCCCAUUGUGGGAGGCAUCCUGGGGGCUGUGGCUGCUGUUGUCCUGCUGGUGGCUGCGAUCAUCUUCUACAUCAAGAAGCAGCAGGGAGGCUACAAAACGACAUCAACUGAGUGAUCCUCCUCCUCCCUCUUUGAAGUGACCCUUCAGCACCAGAGAGGUUGUUGAGGGGCAGCGGUGGAGCGCUACAGGGAUGGGCAGACGGGCGGUCCCAGUACUUUUUCCCCUCCAGGGUCUCAGCAGGGCACUGGGCUUUCUACAUGGAGGAAGGGGUCCCCUUAAAUACAGUGUGUGUGUGUAAAUGAGCCUUUUCAGUUGUGGCCCCUCGGCUUUGGAAUGCCCUCCCUGAAGAGCUUCACCAUGCUCCCUCCCUCAGUGUUUUUAAAAAACAAUUGAAAACACUUCUUUAAAAAAGGCUUUUUAAUUUUUCAUCUCCGUUUAUAUCAGGUAGGUUCUUUAGUUUUUAUAGUUUUCAGUUUUUAGCUUUUAAAAUAACUUUUAAUUCAAAACUUUUAAAAAAAUGUAAUUUCAAAUGUGGUUUUAGCUUGAUCUUUUAACUUGUUUAACAUAAAUUUGGUUAACUUUAUUAGUUUUAUUUUACAUUGUAUCUUUAUAUUAAUGUUGUGAGCCACCCCAAGCAGUACUGUACUGGAGGGGCAGAGUAUAAUACUUCAAACAAACACACACAUGUUUGUAAAAUAGAUUAUUGAGAUUGAUAAAUAAUGCUUUGGGGGUUUGAAGUUGGAAAGAUUUUGUUUGGACAUGGCAGGUACCUGUGAUUUUUCUUCCUACUUCUCAUUGCUUUUGCUCUGACUACAUUAUUGUCUUUGAAAAUCCAACAAAAAUAAUUAUGAUUAUUGUUGUUGCUGAAAAAAUGUCUCAUUUUAAUUUUUUUUGUUUUUUAAAAAAACCCUUUUAGUGUGUGGGUUUGCAGACUAUAUCGUUCCAAAUGAAAUAAAAGCUCCUACAUUUUAUA